AUGCGGCUCAGCAACACAAUCGAGUGGCUGCUCAUUGCCAUCAUGAUCAGUUUAAUGCUCGAUAUAAUAGCAGCACGCCAUCACCGCCACCUUGCACACCAGCGUCACCACCAGCAUCAGCACCAGCACCGUCAGCCACUACCAGCGCACUCCAUCAAACACCAGCAACACUCUUCCACGCGCAUUACAAAGCGCACAGGCAGGGCAGCCACAGGCAGGGCAGCCACGUCCUCCAGCUGGUUUGGUCCUGAAUUUAUGAUUGCGCGUCGCGUCUACGAAGAUUGUCAAGAAAAGAAUGACUUUAUCGGUUGCCUUAAGCAGAAGGCGUUACAUGCUCUCUCACGCGCACUCGAACAGGAUUCCAUUAAAAUAGUGGAUGGUCUGGUGUUGGAAAAGCAAAAUAGCACCGAAAAGGAGAGCAUCAUCAACUCGCUAACAGAUGCACGCACGCUUACCACACUGAGUCCGGUCGAUCGUGCGCUACUCGCUAAAAUCGAUAAAUUAACGCGCACGCAUGCGCUAAAGAUCGAUAUGAGUCAGGGGCGUGGACAUGGACAUGGCGACGAUGAUGAUGACUAUCAUGGGCAUAAGAAGAAGAAGGAUAAGGGUGGCGGUCAUAUUAAAUAUGUGAUUGCGGCGCUGCUCACUGCCAUGGGUAUAGCGGGUCCCAUUGGUUUGAAGGCGCUAGCGGCGAUCGCCACCAAGGCGUUGGUAAUUAGCAAAGUGGCGCUGACGAUCGCCGGUAUUAUAGCGCUGAAGAAGCUAUUCUCACAUGACCAUCAGGAAGAGUCAAGCUUUCAGGUGCAUGCGGGCGAUCACAAUCGCCGCAGCACCUAUGUAAUACGCCCGGUGAGUAAAACCAAUCAGCCGACAGCUGCCGGUGGUAUCAGCCAAUAUUCGGAUCCAUAUCGCUACUACUAUGAAUAUCAUUAAUCACAAAUGGACUCGUGUAUAAAUUGCGUAUGCGUUUAAUUCCUUAUGUAAUGUAA